AUGAGUGGUUUAGUAGACGGUUUAUGGUGUCUUCGGCGAUUCGUUGUGGUGGUGAAUGUUGGUGGUGGUGAAUGUGGUUAUUUUUCAAGGAUUGGGAAGGGAGGAGUUGGUGAAGAGGAAGAGGGAGAUCAACUUUUUCAGAUCAAGGCUGAAGGUGCAUGGGUUCGGUGGUGGACGAGUGAGAAUGUAGGGAAGGGAGAAAGUGUUGGUAGUGGUGGGGAAGUGCCCACUGUUAGGAGUCGUCCCAAUUCACGUUUCUUAACUGCAACUGUUGUUGGUGUGCAACAAGCAAAUCGUGCUGUUGAAUUCGAAAAGAAAUUAGAUGUUUAUAGUACUGACCUGGAUCCAGCCAGGUUCUAUUGA